AUGACGGAGAGACUGCGUGACGAGGAGGCCAACGAGGCGUUGGAUCCGGAGCUAUUGUACUCCAAGGAAUACUGUAUUGGCGGUGGGAGCUUUGGCAAGGUCUACAAAGGAGUCGACAAAAGGACCGGCCAGGCCGUGGCCAUCAAGAUCAUCGACAUCGAAAACGCCGAGGACGAAGUCGAAGACAUUAUUCAAGAAAUCGCCAUUCUGUCCGAACUGCAGUCGCCGUACGUCACCAAGUACUAUGGCUCGUAUGCCAAGGGUGCAGAGUUGUGGAUUGUCAUGGAGUUUUGUGCCGGUGGCAGCUGUGCGGACUUGAUGAAGCCAGGCUUGAUUGGGGAAGACUACAUUGCGAUUAUGUUGAGGGAGCUGUUGCUUGGGUUGGAUUAUUUGCAUUCCGAUAAGAAGUUGCAUCGGGAUAUCAAAGCUGCCAACGUCCUGCUUGGAUCUGGCGGCCAGGUCAAGCUGGCGGAUUUUGGUGUCUCCGGCCAACUGUCUGCUACCAUGACCAAGAAGAAUACUUUUGUCGGGACCCCGUUCUGGAUGGCCCCCGAGGUUAUCAAGCAAUCCGGCUACGAUCACAAGGCUGACAUUUGGUCGCUGGGCAUCACUGCGCUGGAACUGGCCAAUGGCGAACCGCCAUACGCCGACAUCCAUCCUAUGAAAGUACUAUUUCUCAUCCCGAAGAAUCCUGCCCCGCGGCUGGAAGGCAACUUCACCAAGGCAUUCAAGGACUUUGUUGAGCUCUGUUUGCAGCGGGACCCAAAGGACCGGCCGACAGCUAGAGAUCUCUUGAGGCACCCCUUUAUCAGAAAAGCGAAAAAGACGACAUAUCUCACAGAACUUAUUGAGAGACAUAGCCGAUGGGCCGUCACACACAAGAGCGAGGAUGAGGAACACUGGGACGCCCAAGAGGGUGCUGCUCACACGGAGCAAGGAACGGUGGACGAGGACGUGUGGGACUUUGGCACCGUCAGGCUGGUUGGGGAUCGCGGUGGCUUGGUGCAUCGACCCGUUCUUAACGCGGGUGAUGAGAGUACGGCUGACGCUGCGCCGUUGGACGCUGCCAACAAUGACCAGGGCGACAAACUUCGCCAUGCCAGCCCGACAAAGACCAGAGAUUUUGCUCUACAGGCCAGCGAUACGGUCAAGGCUGGUAACCCCGCCACAUCAAGACAGUCAAGUCCACAACGGAAGCCAGUACCAGCAAAUCUGACUGCAGUAUCACCGACCAAGUUGCCGGCGUCCGCAGGUCCGAUGCAGGCCUUGACGCGCGACACGCCCGACACGCCUUUGAGUCAUCGUCAUCCGCAACGACCGUUGCCGCCAGCGCCGACAUCACAAGCACUCGAACAUGUCCACGAAGUCCCGAAUCAGCUGCAGCGAGAUAUGAACAUGCUAAACUUGAACAUGUGCCCGUCCUCAGCCGGCUUCCCCCAGCAGUCACAAUUCUCCGCAGAUAGCCCGCUUCCACGAGCGCAGCAAGACUCACCCACAACGCCGUCUAGCUCUCGUAUGCCUUCAAUGACGAUUCCAGAAAUACCCCCAUACAGGGGGCCAUCAGCUUCGAAGGUUUCUUCUCAACAAGUAGCACCGUCACAACGGCCACCUACUGCAGGCAAUCCCACACCUCCGCCAAACCCUCACUCACCGGCACCGUCUGAUGUAUCUGCUCAGCCGUCAUGCUUCCCAUCUCCUGCUCCUGCAAACCCAAAUGGAGAGCUGGAUGCGCUGAAUGAUGUCAUGUUCCCUGCGCUCGAAGAAGCCCUUAAAAGACGGCAGUUUCGGCUACAACAAGUGUAUGGACCGGUGCAAAAUGGUACUCCGGUCUCGGCAAGCCAGCAACGAGCAGAGGCUGCGCACGAAAAAAUUCGAAAGCUAGUGUACAAGCUGGCUCAUGUAUGCAAGGAGAUUGAUCAGUGUGACAAGGCAGAGCCUGUGGGCAUGGGACGCGAGGUCGGAAGCUUCUUGGAAGGAUUGCUUGAAGAGAUUCUUGUCCGGGUUGAGCCAUUGGACGAGGAAGAGAUGUGA